AACUGCACGAUAUGCAAGUUGUGAGCUGAGAGGCACGGUGUUGGCGCUUGCUGUUACCGUGUUUGGUGAUAUCCGUUAUCUCGUUGAAUCAGUUGUGUCCGUCGAGACGUGUAAUCUUUUCAAGAAUAAUAAUUCACAUCUGACAUCGUAUUAAGAUGUCGCAAAUCUCCAUGAAGCCGGGGCCUCAGCUGCAGAAGGUCGAUCUGACGAGUUUAAAUCUCCAGCAGCUGACGAUGCUGAAGCAACAAUUGGACCAGGAGCUUGGAUUAUUUCAGGACUCAUUGCACACUUUAAAGAUUGCACAGAGCAGAUUCCAGGAAUCAGGUGCUUGUCUCGAGAAAAUUAUACCUGGCGUCGAAGGUAACGAAAUAUUAGUACCUUUGACAAGUUCUAUGUACGUAACUGGGAAACUGGCAGAUGCAAAUAAUGUACUUGUGGACAUUGGUACUGGUUACUACGCAGAGAAAGGUAUCGAAGAUGCAAAGGACUAUUUCAAAAGGAGAGUGGAAUAUGUCACGGAGCAAAUGGAAAAGAUCCAGCAACUUGGCGUUGAGAAGAGUAAGAUGAGGGAAGCGACGGUAGAUGUGAUAGAAAUGAAAGUCCAUAGUCAAAUGCAGAAGGAAAAUGCAGAGCGUGCGUGAAGUGUUAGAUUCUGAAUGGAUAAUUUUAAUUUAACUAUCUUCCGUGACGAGUAUACAUAUAUUUCGUGUUGCCGCGCGUUCGCACAUCACCUGCAAAAUCCUCAUUAAACUAGACAGCUCUGAAAUAUAUAUGGACAUAAUUGAUUCAAUGUAAUAGUAAUAAGAUGGUUUUAUUUAAUUCA